UGCGAUUCUGCGACAAUAUACUCUAUUUGCAAUAUUGCACAUCAGCACAUGUGAAGUUUAUAUAAAAAAUUUCUCCAAUAAGGCCUAAGAUGUCAGUACUCAUCUUCAUUAAGUACGAUCUCCCGGUACAAAGCUAUCAUCAUCUUGCUUUCAGAAUGUACGUCUCUUGCCACAGUUAAUUUCAAAAUUGACGAGGUCAAACGCUAAUCAAUGGCUACCUUUCUUUGGUUCUUGAUUCUGGGUUGCGCCGCCCUCGCCACACCGGCAGAUCUGGCCAAUAACGGCAGCCCUUCGUUUUCCCACCCCACCAGCGUCUUCCUUCUCGCCGGACAGAGCAAUAUGGCCGGCCGUGGUGGCGUGGUCCAUGACGUCUGGGACGGCUACAUCCCGCCUGAAUGCCGGCCCAACCCAUCGGUUCUCAGGCUCAACCCGGCCCAGAAGUGGGAGCUAGCCCGAGAACCGCUCCACUCCGGCAUAGACCUGAACAAGACGGUCGGAAUCGGGCCCGGAAUGUCCUUUGCGCAGUCUCUGAUGAGCAGGGACCGCAACGUUGGGGUGAUUGGUUUGGUCCCCUGCGCCGCCGGAGGGACGAAAAUCAGCGAGUGGGCCCGCGGCGGCCACCUCUUCAACCGGCUGAUACGCAGGGGAAAGACGGCGGCGCGCGGCGGAGAUAAGAUCCGGGCGCUCCUGUGGUACCAGGGGGAGAGCGACACCGUGAAUCUUGAGGAUGCUAACAAGUAUGGGGAUAGACUGCGGAAGUUGUUUAUGGAUGUGCGCACUGAUAUGGGACUGCCCACUCUUCCAAUCAUUCAGGUGGCUUUGGCAACGAAACAAGGACCUUAUAUGGACAUAGUGAGGGAAGCACAACUGAAAGUGGGCCUUCCCGGAGUGAAAACAGUGGAUGCCAAAGGUUUGGAGGUUGGCUACGAUUAUGUCCACCUCACCACUACAGCUGAGGUUGAGCUUGGGAAGAUGAUGGCUGAAGCUUUCUUCCGUCCAUCUCCCCCUCCUCUCCACCUUCAAACUAUUAGCAGCAACAAGAACAACAACACCAACAGCAACCACAACGGCAGUGACAACCACAAUAGCGCUGCCCCAUUGGCGACCAUAUCCCUACCACACCUUUCUUUCUGCUUUUCUCUUCUCAUCACCUUAAGCCUUUUAUUACAGUAUCAUUAGGUCAAGUUGUGUUAAUGAUCAGUUCAUUCAGGAAUAUCUUGCUCAUAAAAAGGUUGCUAAUGGGUGCUACUUUUAUGAUUUAAUUUUACUUUCCCCUUUUUGGUAUAUACUUCGUAUGAUGUACAAAUUUCAAUACCAAAAAAAUUGAACAAUGACUUCUUUUCUCUCUCACAUUUUUAAUUGAAAUUAUUUCAAUCC